AUGAGUGAGGCUAAUUACAGGGUGGCUUGGGAUAGUCUGGUUGAUCGGUUCUCCAACAAAUACCUCCUCAAGAAACGUCAUUUGAACGCCUUGUUCGAAUAUCCUAGAAUCAAGAGGGAAUCAGCGACUGGCCUGCAUAAACUCAUCGACUGUUUCGAACGUAACACGAAGAUCCUGGAUCAACUAGGGAAGAAGACGAAUGUAUGGGGAGCGAUGCUGGUGCAUCUAAUGGUCUCGAAGCUGGACGAGGUCAUUCAGAAGCGUUGGGAGGAAAAUGUCACACCGGAUAGAGAACCGUCAUACGCUUCAUUGGUCGAAUUCCUCAAAAGGCAAACUCGGGUGCUGGAUGCUGUCUCUGUCGAUCAGCAGAUGUUCUCCACGUCUUCGUCGUCAUCCAGUGGUAGCAAAUUCCGUCCAACUAAAGUUUCGGUUAACUCGGCGACUGAGAACUCGCUCCCAAGCUGCUUCGCCUGCAGUGAGAAGCAUUGGAUUACUCGGUGCCCAACUUUCGCUAGUCUUCCGGUGGAUAAACGGCUGCAGCUUACAAACUCCAAGCGGCUCUGCAGCAACUGCCUGGGUCGGAAUCAUUUAGCGAGAGAUUGUGCGUCUAAAUUUCGAUGCAAAACGUGCUCCAAAAAACAUCAUUCGUUGCUGCAUCCUGGUUUCCCUGGUUCUGGAUCUAGUUCUGCUCCUAUCCCCACUGCAGCGAAUGACAACGGUAACACUUCUGCUCCAUCAAUUUCCGGCGGCGCUUCGAACUCUGGUCAAUUGGUUUCUAGUUCGGUAGCAUCAGUUUCAACCAACAUGGCGAUGGGGCAGCCAAGGUCACACUCAUUUCUACUCACGGUUAUGCUAAACGUGAAGGACGUUUGGGGAAGGGCCCACCACGCAAGGGCACUUUUGGAUUCUGGUUCCCAAGUCAACCUGAUGUCGGAAAAUCUCUGCAAGCUCCUUCAAUUAUCACGGCGGGAUAAGAAGGUAGAAAUAACUGGAAUAGGACGAUCACGAAGCCGCACGGCUUUCGAAGUUUCCACCACAGUUCCUUCUCGGGUGCAGAAUUUCUCGACGUCAUUGGACUUUCUGGUUCUGGGGCAGGUCACCGACGACCAGCCAUCUGUCUCGCUUCCACAAACUCAACGGAAAAUUCCACCCGAUAUGGUUCUAGUCGAUCCUGAAUUCAACAUCUCUGGUCCGAUCGAUUUGGUAUUGGGUGCACAGUACUUUUACGAUUUCCAUGUACGCGAUGGUGGCCGGUUGCAAAUUCGCAAGGUCGACGAUACGCUUCCAGUAUUUGUCAAUACGGUGUUCGGAUGGGUGGCAGCCGGCGAAGCAAAACGCAUGGAUGAAUCAACACGGGUCAGCUGUCACGUUGCCAAGGUAGAAUCUCUGGACAAGGCAAUCGAAAAAUUCUGGACGGUUGAAGAGUUGACGAUCAAAACGCCACGGUCACAGGAAGAGGAGGACUGCGAGACGCACUUCGUGAACACAUUCACACGCGAUGACACCGGCAGAUAUAUCGUGCGAUAUCCCAAACGCAUGAACUUCAGCAGCAUGGUUGGCGAAUCGAAGCAGACGGCUCUGCGACGAUUUCUUCAGACAGAGAAACGAUUGGAACGAGACCCAAACCUACGAUCGCAGUACGUGGAUUUCAUGAAGGAAUACAUCAAGUUGGGCCACAUGAAAUACAUCGGUGAAGCAGACGAUUCUCGCUUGGAUAAAGAUAAAACGGUCUGCUACCUUCCCCACCACCCGGUAUUUAAGGAAUCUAGUUCCACCACAAAGGUACGGGUAGUCUUCGAUGGAUCGGCGAAAACUUCCACAAAUCAUUCGCUGAACGAAGCUCUACUCACCGGCCCUACGAUUCAGGAUGAACUCUUGGAUCUGAUGCUCCGCUUCCGGAAACAUCUUAUCGCUUUGGUCGCUGAUGUCACGAAAAUGUACCGGCAAAUCUUAAUCCACCUCGACGACAUUCCCCUUCAACGAAUCCUGUGGCGAUGUGAUCCAUCAGAACCAAUUCAGGUGUACGAGCUGCUAACCGUCACGUACGGCUUGUCCCCAUCGUCAUUUCUCGCCACACGUGUGCUGAAGCAACUGGCUUUGGAUUCCGCUCAGAAGUACGAACUUGCAGCACGGAUCGUGCAAGAAGAUUUUUACAUGGAUGACUUUCUCUCAGGAGCAAACACAGUAGAAGAAGCCAUAAAACUCCAGAAGGAAGUCCGAUCACUACUGGCCGAAGGGGGCCUCGAGCUGCGUAAAUGGAGCUCCAAUAGUCCAGAAGUCCUGGAGAACUUACCCAUCGGAGCGCUUGGAGGAGAAACAAUGCUGCACUUCGAAAAGUAA